AUGGUCGUCGACGCCGUCCUCACCCUCGACCAGAUCGAUCUCGACGAGGCCUUGAUCGGCAUCAAAAAGAUUCCCGGUGGUGGAAUGCAGGAUUCACUGCUGGUCAAAGGCGUGGCCUUCAAGAGGACGUUCUCCUAUGCCGGGUUCGAACAACAGCCCAAGAGCUUCAAGAACCCCAAGAUCGUGUGCUUGAACGUCGAGCUCGAACUCAAGGCCGAGAGGGACAACGCCGAAGUCAGGAUCGAACAGGUUUCCGUGAGUGCUGGCCGAACUCCAAUCAGAUCCAGACGAGUCGGGGGCACGCUAAAACUGUCACCGGCGAUUUCUCUCAGGAAUACCAAGCCAUCGUCGAUGCCGAAUGGUCCAUCAUCUACGCCAAACUCGAAGCCCUGCACAAAACCGGCGCCCAAGUCAUCCUCUCCCGUUUACCGAUCGGCGAUCUCGCAACGCAAUUCUUUGCCGACCGCGACAUCUUUUGCGCCGGACGGGUCGCCGUGGAUGACUUGAAGCGCGUCGUCUCUGCCGUAGGAGGCUCAAUCCAAUCGACGUGCUCGGAUAUCCGUCCCGAACAUCUAGGGACGUGCGAGAGGUUCGAAGAGAAGCAGAUUGGUGGGGAGAGGUUCAACCUCUUCGAAGGCUGCGUUAAAGCUCAGACGUGCACGUUGUUAUUGAGGGGUGGAGCCGAACAGUUCAUCUCCGAGGUCGAGAGGAGUUUGCAUGAUGCCAUCAUGAUCGUCAAGAGGGCAAUCAAGAAUAACCAUGUCGUGGCUGGGGGUGGAGCUACAGAGGUCAGUUGGGGGCCGUGUUUUCCGACAGUCAUACCCGUCCUCUAACCAACUGCCGAACAUUUUCACGGCGACAGAUGGAAAUCUCGAAAUAUCUGCGCGACACGGCGCGCACGAUCCAAGGCAAACAACAACUCAUCAUCGCCGCCUUCGCAAAGGCUCUCGAAGUGAUCCCUCGUCAGAUCUGUGACAACGCCGGCAUCGACGCGACGGACGUGUUGAACAAACUUCGUAUGCUUCAUGCGAGAGGGGAGAUGUGGGCCGGCGUCGACGUCGAUAAUGAUGGGGUCGGGAAUAAUAUGGAAAGGUUCGUUUGGGAACCGGCUUUGGUCAAGACGAACGCUUUGGAAGGCGCGAGUGAGGCGGCGUGUUUGGUGCUGAGUGUUGAUGAGACGGUGACGAACCCGAGUUCGGUGAGUCCUUCUUGGAUAGGUUGCGGGAUCCAUCGCCCGCACUGAUGCCUUUUCUUUCAUGUCACUUACAGCAACAGCAAGGUCGAGGCGGUCCCCCGGGUCGAGGUGGGAUGGGUGGUAGGGGUCGAGGACGAGGGCGGUAG